AUGGACCGACUCACCGCACUCCAAACGGACGAAGACAUGCUCAGCGACGUGAUCCCAGACAGCAAGCAAAUCUCGCGAAGGGAAACGCCGGAAGACGCAGAGGAAGUCGACAUUCCAGCAGAGGACGACGAGGCCAGUGAUGACCAGGAAGUUGAUGAACUCGACGAAUCAGAUGGUGAUGCUGAAGGUGAUGGAUCGGCACUGUCGCCCUCCAAACAAAAGCGGCUUGAAGCCAAGAAGGAGACACAGGCGAAGAAGCAACGAAAGCGAGUUCAAGACGGAGAACUCGAUAAUCGGAGACGAGAGGUGGAAAAAGCGAAGGCAUAUUCUUUGAAGCGUUAUUCCUAUCUCCUCGGUCAAACAGAACUCUUCCAACACUUUGUGGACAUCAAGCGAGCGGCAGACCCAGAGUACGCUGCACUCUUGGAUAGUCAAAAGCCAAAGCGACGUGGUCGAAAACCGAAGAACCCUCCGCCUCAGUCAGACACUCGACACCGCAAGACUGAAAAGGAGGAAGACGAGCAACUUCUCAAGGACGAAGUACGUGCCGAAGAUGAUGACGACCAACCAUUUGUCUUCGAGCAGUCUCCAGCCUAUGUCAAAGGUGGAGAAAUGCGUCAGUAUCAGAUCCAAGGUUUGAACUGGAUGGUCUCGCUCCACCAAAACGGUCUCAAUGGUAUCUUGGCAGAUGAGAUGGGUCUCGGAAAGACACUCCAAACCAUCUCAUUCUUAGGCUACCUCAAGCAUCUCAAGGGCAUCGUUGGGCCACAUCUCAUCGUAGUUCCGAAGACGACCCUCCAAAACUGGGCCCGCGAGUUUGCGCACUGGGUGCCCGACUUUGACGUCGUCGUGCUCACUGGCUCCAAAGACGAGCGUGCAGAAAUCAUUCGCGACCGACUUUUGGAUUCAAAGUUUGAGGUCUGCAUCACCUCGUAUGAGAUUUGCCUCAUCGAAAAGUGGGCAUUCAAAAAGUUCUCGUUUGAAUACAUUGUCAUCGACGAGGCGCAUCGUAUCAAAAACGUCAACUCGAUCCUGUCCAAGAUUGUCCGCGAGUUUACCUCUCGCAAUCGAAUGCUCAUCACGGGCACGCCGCUCCAAAACAACCUUCAAGAACUCUUCGCGCUCCUCAACUUUAUCUGUCCCGAAAUCUUUACGGACUAUAAAGAUUUGGAGAGCUUCUUGCAUCAUGAUGGAAAGCAGACGAAGAAAACGAGUGACGACGAGGGUGACGGUGCCGAUGAGGAGAUGGCGGACAAGAAGGAGCCAACUCCAGAGCUUUCCGAAGAGGAAAAGAGUAAGAAGGUCGUCGAGGCUCUCCACAAGAUUCUCCGUCCAUUCCUUCUCCGUCGAGUCAAGGCAGACGUUGAAAAGAAUCUCUUGCCAAAGAAAGAGAUCAACAUCUACGUCGGUCUCUCCGACAUGCAGAGAAAGUGGUAUCGGUCUGUGCUCGAGAAGGAUAUCGAUGCGGUCAACGGCCUCACCGGAAAAAAGGAAGGCAAGGCUCGCCUCAUGAACCUUGUCAUGCAACUUCGCAAAGUGACAUGCCAUCCAUACUUAUUUGACGGUGCUGAACCGGGCCCACCAUAUACGACCGAUGAGCACUUGGUUCAGAAUGCAGGCAAAAUGGUCAUCCUCGACAAACUUCUUCGCCGAAUGAAGGAGAAUGGUUCCCGGGUUCUCAUCUUCAGUCAGAUGAGUCGUAUGCUCGAUAUCCUGGAAGACUACUGCCACUUUAGGCAAUAUGCGUAUUGCAGAAUCGACGGUAGUACCAGCCAUGACGAUCGAAUUACCAGCAUCGACGAGUACAACAAGCCGGGUAGCGAAAAGUUCAUCUUCCUCCUUACCACUCGCGCCGGUGGUUUGGGCAUCAACCUGACGACUGCCGACAUUGUCGUCCUCUAUGAUAGCGAUUGGAACCCUCAGGCAGAUCUACAGGCAAUGGACCGUGCUCAUCGUAUUGGUCAGACAAAGCAGGUCUAUGUCUUCCGAUUCAUCACGGAAGGUAGUGUCGAAGAGAGGAUGCUCGAGAGAGCGGCUCAGAAGUUGCGAUUGGAUCAGCUCGUUAUCCAACAGGACAGGAAUACUGCAACAAAGGCCGCAAACAAGGAAGAACUCCUUGACAUGAUUCAGCACGGUGCCGAGCAGAUUGUUAGUGGAAACGAAAGCAUGAUGAUUGACGACGAUAUUGACGACAUUAUCACUCGCGGAGAAACUCGAACGGCAGAACUAUCAGCGAAAUACCAAGGUCUCAACCUUGAAGACCUUAACAACUUCAAGUCGGAGAUGACCGUCCAGAAAUGGGAAGGCGAAGACUUUGGUGGCAAGAAGAAGAAGAUUGGUCUCAACUGGAUCGAGCCCGCCAAACGCGAGCGCAAAGGCGGAGGAGUUGCUUUGCAAAGCUACCAAGCCGGCAAGAUUGCGACACAGAAUGCUGCCAAGCAAAUCAAGAUACCUCGAGAGCUCCAGAUAUGGGAUCAUCAAUUCUAUCCACCAGGCUAUAAAGACCUGCAGUCACGUGCUCUUGCAGUCUGGAAGCGAGAAAACGGUAUUGUCGCUACGGCACGUGACGCAAAGGAGGGCGAGUCACCAGAGGAGGUGGAAAAGGAGCGAUUGGCCGAACAGGAGCUUAUCAACAAUGCUCUACCACUUUCCGCCUCUGAACUGGAUCAGAAGAACAAGCUGAUGGCUCAAGGCUUCCCCACCUGGAGCAAGCGCGAUUAUCAGCAGUUUGUCAAAGGAGUGGAACGAGUUGGAAAGCACGACAUUGAGGGCAUCGCACAAGACAUUCACGAGAAGACCGUCGAGGAAACAAAGGCUUACGCCGAAGUCUUCUGGCGCCGCUGGCGUGAACUUGAGGACUACCCUAGGAUCAAGGAGCGAUUCGAGGAAGGUGGUGCAAAGCGUGACGAGCGUCUUCGCCAGAGUGCGCUGCUCAAGGCAAAGUUGGCGGCGGUACGCUUCCCGAUGCAAGAGCUUCACAUCAACUAUGGGGCCGUGAAGCAAAAGAUUUACUCCGAGGACGAAGAUCGAUACAUUCUCUGUCGCAUUCACCAUUAUGGACUUGGGACAGACGACUUGUACGAAAAGAUCAAACGCGACAUUAGCGAGUUUCCCCAGUUCCGCUUCGAUUGGUUCUUCAAGAGCCGCACACCACAGGAGCUUCACCGUCGCGGACAGCAGCUGCUUGCGCUCAUCACCAAGGAGGACUCGAGGGAGGAAGAUGACUUUGGAGACGAGAUUCCAAAGACGAAAAAGAAACGCACUUUUGACCAGAUGAAGGAAGAGUCACGCGCCUCGACUCCUCUCGCUGGAGGCUCUCGCGCCCAGCGUGCUAAUAAGCGUAGCAAGAAGGCAUGA